AUGGCUUUUGUGGCACAUAUAUUGGUUUUAAAUGAAUUAGAACAACAUCAAGCCAUUUAUGCAUUAAAAAUCCAACGUCGAAGACUUAGAGACACAUACAAUCCGUUUGAUUUACGUGAAUACGAUUUUACAAAAUUAUUUAGAAUCUCAAAAAAUUUGGCUUUAUAUACUAUUGACAAGUUAUCCAAUGUACAACGACUGCAAAGAAAACGUAAAAAUGGAUUGUCGUUACAACUGCAAGUAUUAGUAGCAAUUAGGUUUUUUGCUUUUGGAUCUUUUCAAAGAUGUGUCGGCCAAGAUUACUUAGGUAGUAUAAGUCAAUCAUCUGUUAGCCGUUGUAUAACAAGGGUAGCUACAUCCUUGUAUGAAGUUUGUUUAAGUGAUUGGGUCAGAUUUCCACAAAAUGAUGCUGAAAGAAAAGCAGUGGAGAUAAGAUUUAGAGAUUUAAUGGGGGUUCCGGGUAUUAUAGGGUGUAUAGAUGGAACACAAGUAGCUAUUGCAACACCAUUUCAUUUAGAUAAUGAAGAGGCGUAUAAGAAUCAUCACGGAUAUCAUUCUAUAAAUUGUCAAUUGAUUUGUGAUAAUCAAUUGAGAAUUAUGAAUGUCUUAUGUUUUCCUGGCACUGUGCAUGAUCAAUUUAUUUUCAGUUCUUCAAUAAUUCAUACUGAAAUGAAUAGGUUGCACACACAAAGAAUUGGAAAAUAUUUUCUACUUGCGGAUUCUGGAUACCGUGCUGAACCCUUUAUAUUAACACCUGUGCUUGGGGCAGCAGAAGGUAGCCCUGAAGAAAGAUACACCAAACGACACUGCCAAGUACGAAAUUGUAUAGAAAGGUGUAACGGAGUAUUGAAGAUGCGUUGGAGAUGUUUAUCUAAAUAUUCAACAUUACACUAUAGACCUAAGACCUCAGCAUUUAUUGUAAUUGCAUGUGUGAUACUACAUAAUAUGUGCCUUGAAUGGUAA